GCGAACAGAUUGUAGGCAAUGGACAACGCAGACGAUUCGCUCACGCUCAAACUCUCGAAUCUUCAAAAUGCAACCGCAGAUGAAAACUACUCGAACUUGAUCGAAUCCAGCCAUGUUGUGCAGGUCAAGCUGGCAGAUUUGCAAGCCAAUCCUGAUUCCCCGCUUUACUCUGCAAAGUCUUUCGAUCAGCUUGGACUUAAUUCCGAGCUGCUCAAGGGUUUAUAUAACAUGAAGUUUACAAGACCCUCAAAAAUUCAAGAACGUGCACUUCCUUUGCUGCUGGCUAAUCCGCCCAGAAACAUGAUCGGUCAAUCCCAGUCCGGAACUGGAAAGACAGCUGCAUUUGUUUUGACGAUGCUUAGUAGAAUCGAUCCAGAAAUUAAGGCACCACAGGCCAUUUGUUUAGCACCUACCAGGGAACUCGUUCGACAAAUUCUGGAUGUUGCGUCUCAAAUGGGAAAAUUCACCAACAUCUCGAUGGCGGCUGCGGUGAAAGAUACCUACAAAAGGAAUGCGAAAAUGGAAGCACAACUAAUAGUGGGAACUCCAGGAACCACCAUGGAUCUCACCCAGAGGAGACAACUAGAGACACGCCACGUCCGCAUCUUUGUGCUGGAUGAAGCUGACAAUAUGUUGGAUCAAAAUGGACUCGGUGACCAUAGUAUACGUGUGCGAAAUAUGAUGCCCAAGACUUGCCAGAUUGUACUGUUCUCCGCUACCUUCCCGGAAAUUGUGCGCUCCUUUGCAGUACGAUUUGCUCCCAACGCCGAUGAAAUUGCUUUGAGACAAGAAGAAUUGAGCGUAGAUGGAAUCAAGCAAUUUUACAUGGACUGCAAUAGUGUAGAGCACAAGUACGAAGUCCUAUGCAGUCUUUAUAAUCUCUUGACUAUCAGUCAGAGUAUUAUAUUUUGUAGAAGAAAGGACACUGCGGAUGAAAUUGCAAGACGAAUGACAGCAGAUGGCCACUCCGUUGUUUCGUUGCAUGGAAGCUUGGACAGUGAAGAACGUGAUGCAGUCAUGGAUGCUUUCCGUGAAGGACAUUCCAAAGUUCUUAUCACCACCAACGUUGUGGCUCGUGGAAUUGAUAUUCUUCAAGUAACACUUGUCAUCAAUUACGACAUGCCGCUGACCAAAGAAGGACGACCAGAUGCAGAAACAUACUUGCACCGUAUUGGGCGCACGGGUCGAUUUGGCAGAACGGGCGUUAGCAUUAACUUUGUACACGAUCAUGAUAGCUGGCAGCAAAUGCAUGAGAUGGAAACUAUCUUCCAGAGACCUAUCACAAUGGUUCCAACCGACGAUUGGGAAGAAGUGGAAAAGUUAUUAAAGAAGGCUAUGUGAUCGAUGUCAUGGUUGUAUGUAGUAACAUCCAUUUCCAAUAUCUGCUCUGGCUUGACUCAAUUGCAUUGAGAAAAAAUAAAAAAGUAAUUGUAUUAAAUGCUCACACUUCGACA